AAAAAAUGAAACACUGAAACCCAUAACUUAGUUCCAAAUUAAUGUACGUAAGUGGAGUGAGAGUAGAGGCAUGGCAACGUCAUUAUACUCCAAAAGCUAGCUACCAUCCAUCAGUUUCCUUUCAUGUUCUCUCUUCCCACCUCACUCUUACCCUUUGCAUGCAUCUCAUUUCCCUUAAUAUAACUAACUAACCACUCAAUUUUUUCUUCAUUCUCUCUCUCUCUCUCUCUCUCUGAUCAUAUAUCCUCCAUCCAUGGCCCCCGAUCAACAUCACUCAAGUUUUAAUUCAAACAUGCAACACUAUUACUACAACACCACUGAUGAUGACAUCGACGAUAUCGUCAACAACGAGGUUGUUAACGAUAGCGACGAGUACGAGGAGGACGAGUAUCAGUAUCACUACGAAGAAGAUGAUGAAAAAGAAGAAACCAAACAGCCACAAAAACGUUGUUCAUCUUCUUUUUCAUUGAGUAAGGUAUUACUUGAUCCAAGAGGAAAAUGGGCUGAAGAAUGGAAUAGAGUAUUUCUUUUGGUGUGUGCAAUGGGGUUAUUUGUGGACCCACUUUUCUUCUAUGCAAUCUCUAUAAGUGACACGUGUAUGUGUCUAUUUAUAGAUGGUUGGUUUCUAGUUACCGUCACCGUUAUCCGUUGCAUGACGGACAUGUUACAUCUCUGGAAUAUUUGGUUGCAGUUUUAUAUUCAUAAACAUAAACGCUCCUCUUUUGGCUUCAUUCAUCAUGGAACUCUUUCUUCUAACUCCUUCAAAGUCAACAAAGCCUUUUUCUUUAACAUCUUUAUCCUCCUCCCUCUCCCUCAGAUUGUGCUAUGGGUGACAAUUCCAUCUUUGUUAGAGCAAGGAUCGAUUGCGCGGGUGAUUACUGUAUUGUUGAUUAUGUUCCUGUUUCAAUACCUUCCUAAAAUUUAUCACUCAGUUUGCUUCGUGCGUCGAAACCUCACAAAUGGUUUCAUUUUUGGAACCGUUUGGUGGGGAUUCGCUAUCAAUAUGAUCGCUUAUUUUGUCGCUUCCCAUGCAGCAGGGUCAUGUUGGUAUUUGUUGGGACUUCAAAGGGCAGCAAAGUGUCUAGAAGAGCAAUGUGAGACAACACCUGGUUGUGGACUAAGAACACUGUGUUGCAAAGAACCAAUAUACUAUGGAAACUAUAACAUGUUGAAGAAGUUAGACAGAACAAGGUUGGUAUGGUCACAGAACACAGAAGCAAGGUCUACAUGUUUAGCUAGUGCUGAUAACUAUGAAUUUGGAGUUUAUGAAUGGAGUGUUCAACUUGUUACAAAUAAUAGUCGAAUUGAAAAGAUACUCCUUCCUAUCUUUUGGGGCCUAAUGACUCUCAGCACUUUUGGGAACCUCCAGAGUACAACGGAAAGGAUGGAAGUCGUUUUCAACACUAUUAUAUUAACCAGUGGCCUCCUUCUAGUCACUAUGCUAAUUGGAAACAUCAAGGUAUUUUUACAUGCUACAACGUCAAAGAAGCAAGCAAUGAAAUUGAAGAUGACAAACAUGGAGUGGUGGAUGAACAAAAGACGGUUGCCACAAGGACUUCGGCAGCGUGUGCGUAACUACGAGAGACAGUGUUGGGCUGCCAUGCGCGGCGUUGAUGAAUGUCAGUUGAUAAAAAAUCUCCCGGAGGGUUUGAGAAGGGAUAUCAAGUACCAUCUUUGUUUGGGUUUGGUGAGACAGGUACCACUUUUUCAACAUAUGGAUGAAUUGGUCCUAGAGUACAUUUGUGACCGUGUCAAGUCCCUUGUAUUCACAAAGGGAGAAACAUUAACAAGAGAAGGAGACCCAGUUCGUAGAAUGCUAUUUGUGGUAAGGGGUCACCUUCAAAGUAGCCAAUUCCUAAGAGAUGGAGUUAAAAGUUGUUGUAUGUUAGGACCAGGAAACUUCAGUGGAGAUGAGCUUCUAUCAUGGUGUUUAAGAAGGCCAUUUAUAGAACGUCUUCCAACAUCAUCGUCAACUUUGGUGACGCUUACAACAGUCGAAGUAUUUGGACUUGAAGCAGAGGAUGUCAAAUAUGUGACGCAAAAUUUUAGGUACACAUUUGCAAAAGAAAAUGUUAGAAGAAGUGUUAGAUAUUACUCACCUGGUUGGAGAACUUGGGCUGCUGUGGCAAUUCAAUUGGCUUGGAGAAGGUAUAGGCAUAGGUUGACUUUGAGUUCUUUGUCCUUUAUUAGGCCUCGUAGGCCUUUGUCAAGGUCUACUUCUUUAGAAGAGGAUAGACUUCGUCUCUAUACAGCUUUGCUAACCUCGCCAAAGCCUAAUCAGGAUGGUUUUGACUCUUCAUAACAUUGUGUUUGUGGAAAAUGAAUUGAUGUAGUUAUGUAUGCUGUUUAGUAUGUAGAGUUUUAUUUACUUUUUGGAUUAAUUACAAUUUUAAUCUUUAUUGUUGGCUAUGUGCGAUUUUGUCUUACAAUAAUUUUUUUAAUUGAUCA